AUGCACCCGAGUCCGGACCAAUCGGGGCGUGCAACUGCGACAAGCGACGACAGCUCGCCGAUAGCCGUGACGACCGCCGGCCGCCUGCCGCAUCAUCAUCGUCCGCCUCAUCUGCUGACGAGAUCCCGCCGCCUGCGUGCGUUCUCUCACGCACUCGACGGCCACGACGGCGAGCAGCAUUCCUCAACUUUGGCAUCGUCACUGUCUCGAUUUAGACAGCUGUCAGAGCACGCCAUCUCGCCGCACACGGACCGCCCAUCGUACCCAACCAUCCUUGCCGCGGCCAGCUUGCGACGACCAACAUUCACAGUGCAGUACUAG